GAAUACCAGCAACUAGGAUUUUAGAUUGAUUUAAGCAGGUGAGAUGUGAAGAACACUGGCUGCUAAAAUCAAAGCGUUAUAUUUUUAUCAGUCUACCACUGAAGUGAAAACAGUCUUCGUGGCAAGUUCAGCUAUGAUGCACUGAGUUAUAUGGACUCGAGAAGACAUGAUGAUACGGUCACUGACAGAACUCUGUUAACUUUACCUCUGACCCAGCUGUUCUGUCAGUAACUGGACUCCAGGGACAUCCAGAAUCGAGUUACCCCAAGUUUAGGUCCUAACCAGCCACAGGUGUGUCACCGGUAGAGUCCCAAUUCCUGGAGCCUCCGCCCUCCGCCCUCCUCCUCCUCCCCCCGUGCGCUUUACCUGCUGCGCGCAGUCCAGCGGACACGUUUACUGCGCACUGACCACAGAAACAUAUGUUACCGUGAACAGUCGUCUACAAAUGGAUUAUGAGACGAAGAUUUUCCCGCACACCGGCGGCUAUGGACGCUACAACCGAAUCGUGGUUGUAUUCAGCUGGUUCCCCAGCUUUGCGGUCAUGCUGAAUUUAUUUAGCGACGUUUUUUACACUCUGAUUCCGGAAUCGUACCACUGCAAACCCGACCCGGAGCUUCUGCCCUCCACCUUCCUUCCCAGCAACUUCUCCAGACAAGAAUACUUGAAACUCGCCAUCCCCUGGGUGAACGGCACCGGGCUCAGCCACUGUGAACUCUUCAAGUAUCCACCCAACACCUCGGACUUUACCAAAGAUGUGCCCAGAGAGAGGGUGCCCUGUACCAAGGGGUGGGAGUACUCUAACCUAACGGGACUUCAGAGCAAUGUUGUCACUGAGUGGAACCUGGUUUGUAGUGAUUACUGGAAAAUCCCUUUGCAGCAGCUCUGCUUCAUGACAGGAUGGAUUCUGGGAUACAUCUUCCUUGGUACAUUGUGUGACUGGCUGGGUCGUCGGCGAGGCUUCCUCCUGUCCAUCAGUUUGUCCAGUCUGUUAGGAGCAGUCGCGUGUUUGUCCAGAAGUGCUGUGGUGUUUCUGCUGCUGCGUCUCUCUCAAGGCGCUACGCUCGCCGGGGUGUUUGUAUCCUCCUACAUUGUCAGAUUGGAGCUGUGCGACCCUCCCCAUCGUCUCAUGGUUGCCAUGGUCAGCGGCUUCUUCGGCGUGUUCGCAGAGCUGCUGUUGCCGGGCGUCGCUGUUCUGUGCCACGAUUGGCCCAUUCUCCAGGCUGUGGCCACUUUGCCUUUGCUCCUACUGCUUUCCUAUUGGUGCUGUUCAUCUGUGUUUCCCGAAUCUCCUCGCUGGCUGCUGGCCACAAAUCGGAUCUGUCGGGCGAAGAGGAGCCUCCAGGAAUUUUCCAUCAGGAACGGCGUUUGUCUGCGAGAUGAACUCUACCCCGGUGAAACCCUGCUCUCAGAGAUAGACUCGGCAUACGGAGAUGACAGUCGGCCGAGGUACCAUUCAGUUCUGGAGCUGCGUCGAACUUGUGUUAUCUGGAAGAACUGCCUCAUACUCAGCUUUACUCUGUUCAUUGGAACAGGCAUCCAGUACUGUUUCACCAGAAAUCUGCAUAGAUAUUCCACCAGCUUCUACUUUGGCUACUUUUUUCGAGUAAUAACUGGAGCACUGGCCUGCAUCUUCAUCUGUUUGUCUGUCAAUCGCCUUGGGCGACGCGGUAUGCUACUACUGUCGGCCAUCAUCACUGGGCUGUCAUCGCUGCUGCUGCUGGCCCUCACACAGUACUUGCGUGGAGGCCUGGUGUUGGUGCUCUCCGUCGUGGGUCUGCUGUUCUCUCAGGCCCUUGCCAUGCUCAGUAUGUUCUUCGCCUGCGAGGUGAUGCCGACUGUGGUUCGAGGUGGCUGCCUCGGCUUGGUGCUGGCUGCAGGUUGUGUUGGCAUGGCCGCCUCCUCUCUCAUGGAGCUCCAGAAUAAUGGGGGCCACUUUCUCCACCACGUCAUCUUUGCCUCCUUCGCUGUCCUCUCCAUUCUCUGCAUAAUGCUUCUACCUGAAAGCAAACGCAAGCCACUCCCAGACUCCCUGAAGGAGGGUGAGAGCCAGCGACGCCCGCCUCUCUUCCUGUCCCAACCCGGCCGGGACAGCCUGCCUUUGCUGUGCACACGGCCCAUGUUGUCAGAGUACAACCCUGAUAACUAUUCCCGCUUGGUCUCUGCCACAAGGAGGAUGUUGACUAAAGACACUUUGCCUUAUAAGAUUGCUGUGCCAAAUCGUGCUCCUCUGCUCUCAGACAGUGAAACACAGGAGCAAGAGAACGGAGAAGAAAAAGAGGUUGUUUCUCAACACUCUUAACAGACCCUCCUCAUCUUCCUUUUUAGACUUGGCUCCUUUAUCCUUUACCUCUGACAGUCUACCAUCAUACUUCAUUGAAGUGUCUGAGUCACUGGCUGGUUGCAGCUCACCUGGAGAACCGGCCUUGGCUUGGAUGCAGUGCACUUUAGAAUGAUGGCUCCAAGUCUGUCAGUUUUGAACAACAUAUCAACCUUUUUUUUU